UACGUAUAAACUUGUAGAUAUACUAUCUGUCCAUAUAGUGACCACAGAUCAUUAUGAUAAUUGCUAACUAUUGUGGUAGUCAAAUUUGAUGCAGCCAAACUUUUUUUUUAGUACGCGUUUAAAUCAAAGUGUUUAAACUGACUCCACAUACAAGGAUAUAGUUACAACAAGUUAAUUAACCACAAUGUCACAAGAGGAGGAGGAAAUAGGCCAUACCAGAAUACGAAAGCUUGAUGAUGCGGUGAUCAACAAGAUCGCAGCUGGAGAAAUCAUCAUUCAACCAGCCAAUGCAUUGAAGGAGAUGCUUGAAAAUUCGAUUGAUGCACACGCGACUAUGAUAGAGAUUCUAGUCAAAGAAGGUGGGAUCAAAUUAUUACAGAUUACAGAUAAUGGACGAGGGAUCAACAAGUUGGAUCUUGGACUUUUAUGUGAAAGAUUUGCCACUUCUAAGAUUUCUAAAUUUGAAGAUUUAGAAAGUGUUGCUACCUAUGGGUUUAGAGGAGAAGCAUUAGCUAGUAUAUCCCAUAUCGCUCGUUUAUCAGUCGUGACAAAGACAGCCGAUUCACAACUAGCAUAUAAGGCAUUUUAUCUUAAUGGGAAGUUGACUGGACCAAAUUUUAAAGACUCAGGUGUUCAAGCUGAACCAAAACCGAUAGCUGGAAAAGAUGGUACUCAAAUAUUAGUAGAAGAUUUAUUUUACAAUAUUCCAUCUAGAAUCAAAGCAUUAAGAAACAAAAGUGACGAAUUUGCCAAGAUAUUGGAUGUGAUUGGAAGAUAUGCUAUCCAUACGGGACAUGUUGGAUUCAGUUGUAAAAGAUUUGGAGAGCCAGUAUAUGUGCUAUCAACCAGACCAAAUCUUCCUGUAAAGGAAAGAAUACGAACUGUUUAUGGAUCUGUGGUUGCUAAUGAAUUGCUUGAUAUUGCCAUUGAUGGAGCUACUUCCAAAACCAAAGAAGAAGUUAAUGUGAAAGAGAGUCUUGGUUUGGUAUCUGUCUCAGGAGUAAUCACUAAUGCAAAUUAUAAUAAUAAGAAGAAAAUUCAACCGAUUUUCUUUAUCAACCAUAGAUUGGUUUCAUGUGAUCCAUUAAAGAGAGCAGUAAAUGCUGUAUUUCAAUUCUUUUUACCAAAGGGAAAUCAUCCAUUCAUGUAUCUUGCAUUAGAAAUUGAUCCAAAGAAUUUAGAUGUGAAUAUCCAUCCCACUAAAAGAGAAGUGAGGUUUUUGAAUGAAGAUGAGAUUAUUGAACUUAUAGUUGAUAAAGUUCAUUUAAUACUAUCCAAUGUUGAUACAUCAAGAAAAUUUAAAACUCAAUCUAUUCUAAGUAAAAGAACAACAGAGGAAAGUUCUAGUCAAGUUCAGAAGAAGUAUAGACAAGAAAAUAAGUUGGUAAGAGUUGAUGCACAACAGAGUAAGAUAAGUCAUUAUCUUAAUAAUUCAUCAGAUGACGAUCGUAAGGAUCGUUUACAAAGUUUCAAGGUGGGUCAAGCUUCUCAAAAUGUGAAUAAUGAUCGUAGGAAGGAGAGAGUAAACAUAGAAGUUAUAGAGCCAGUGGAGGAGGACGAAGUUGAAGAAGAUGAACAAGACGACGAAGAUGCAGAAGAUGAAGAUGAGGCUGAAGAGGAAGAAGACGAACUAGCAGAGAAUAAUGAAGAAAUCGAUGAGGAUAUAUUGGAGGAACCAGUUAACACACCCACUCAACAGAGUAAGAGGGUAAAAGUAAAUCUCAAAAGUAUUCAAGAUAUCAAAGCAGAAGUUAAUGAAUGGGUACAUAAACCACUUACUAAUGUAUUCAACAAUGCAGUUUAUGUGGGAAUUGUGGAUGAAACCAAACGUCUUUGUUGCUUUCAAUAUGAUGUUAAAUUAUUUUUAUGUGAUUAUGCAGCUUUAUUAUCGGAAUUUUAUUUCCAACUUGCGUUAUCAGAAUUUUGCAACUAUGGAGAAAUUGUACUUUCAGAACCAAUCCUUUUGGAAGAUAUCUUGAAACCAUUAUAUGAAGAUGAUUCAGAUAAGGUAAAAUCAUUGACAAAUAUGGAUGAAGUAAUCACCAAGAUUCAUGGCAUGAAAGAUAUGUUUAAGGAAUAUUUUAAAAUAAAUAUAGAUGAAGAUAAUGAAGGUAAACCAAUAUUACUGGCAUUGCCUAUGAUACAUAAAGAAAUUCUUCCCCCGCUUACCAAAUUACCUUAUUUCUUUUAUAGAUUAGGAGAAAGGGUCAAUUAUGAUACAGAAAAGGAUUGUCUCCAAGGAAUAAUGAGACAGAUUGCAUUUCUAUAUAUCCCAGAACCUAUCAUGGAUGGAGAUAAUAACAAAAGAAGUGAUUUAGAUAAAUUACUUGAACAUUCAUUGUUUCCUGAUAUUAAAAAGCGGUUCCUUGCCACAAAGAACCUCGUUAGAGAUGUAGUCCAGAUAGCCGACUUACCAGGGUUAUAUAGAGUUUUUGAAAGGUGUUAACACCCUAUGUACAUACAUAUAUAGAUCUCAUGUGAAGUUUAUAUCAAUUUAUCAUAUGGAAGCAGUAAACAAUUGUAUUAUCUUUUGAUUUCAUGCUAAAUAUCCUAAUCGGGUAAUUUUGAAAAGCACACCCAUUAUUUUUUUUUGGUGGUAGUGUUUUGCCAGAAGGAGAAAGA